GCUUUAAAUCAGUUCCGUCUCGAAACCCGCGAAUGAGUGGGAAGUGGAACAAAACAUAAACAUCUGUAGAUUAUAGGUUAUUUGUUUUAUAAUAACAAAUGCAGAAACUUUUCAAUUAAAAUGAGCAACCUUGUGAAUUUUGCCCUGAGGCAAGGUGCCAAUUUUCUUAAGAGACACACUCUUCAAAGUCUGCGCCUGGCGGUACCAAGUGUUGUCUCAAAAUCGCCGGUAGCAGCUCCCACUCUAAAAAGGUUUGCCACCCAAACUGCCCCUUUCGAUGUCAACACCACUCUACCCAAAGACGUUAUACUCUUUAAAUAUGAGAACCCGCGUUUCUACAAUAUGCUGAAUUUCUUCGGCGUUUGCCAAUUUGUGUUCUGGACAUAUUUGUCCCAUUUCGCGUUUACCACGUUGAAAGAUGCGCCCGUGGUGGAGAAUCCCGACGAGGAGCUGAAGUGGUACCAACGAAUUAAUCUCGGAGACAACAAGUACCGCAAUGGGAUAACCAUUUGUAGUUUCCUGAUAGGCUACGGAAUCCUGUUUGCCGUCUGGAUGUUUACCCUUCGAUCUGUACGAUUCCUCAUCCUGCGCAAGGGCGGCCAAAGCGUGUCCUUUGUGACCUAUGGACCUUUCAAUCGGAACCGUAUUACAACUGUACCCCUAAAAUGCGUUUCCGCCGAGGAGUCCCGCAAUAUGGCCCGCGUGCACCUUCCAAUCAAAGUCAAAGGCAAGACCCUCUACUACGUCCUGGACAUGCGAGGCGAGUUUCGAAAUCCCCAGCUAUUUGAUUACACGGCGGGCCUGAAGCGCCGCAUUUAAAGUCCGGUUAGUUAGGAAUUGUUACUUAUUAUUUGUAAAUAAAGAUU